AUGGGUCACUGUGAGAAGCCCGUCAUUAAGGUGGAGCCCUUUCUAGAUGACCAAAUUAACAGUACCAAAGUCUUUGAGGACACAGAAGUCGAUAUCGUGAGUUGGAUAAACAAGGGUGAUUUUGUGUCCAACAAAAUUGAGGACCCUGAUGCAACUGACUAUUCAAGUUCGUUUGCUGAUACUACGUCUGAUACUGAAAAUGGUUCUAGAUUGGGUGAUGCUGAAGUGGUGUCUGAGUUCUUGGGUGAUAGUGGCUUAACAGAUGCUUAUGAUGGUUCUGCAUUUCCAAUGAGGAAGAGGAAGUUGACAGAUCAUUGGAGAAACUUUGUACGACCUCUAACGUGGCGUUGCAAAUGGACAGAACUAAGAAUUAAAGAAAUUGAUUCACUAGCAUUAAAAUAUAGUAAAGAGCUUGCAGAAUAUGAAAAGGGUAAACAUACAGCACCUGACCAAUUUUCCUUAGAAGAGUUUGGUUCCAAGGCAUUGCCUUUUUUGGGAGAACAGCGCAGAAAUAAGGCCAAAAAGAGAAGAAAAAGGAAGAAAGUUGAAGAUACAACUGAAAUUGGAUCCUAUACAUCACAUCAUUAUAUUUUCUCCUAUCUUGAGAGUAAGAAGUCGGAUCAUGAUGGUGGUUUGGCUGAUGAUUUUGGUAAUCCAGUGAUCACAGAGUCACAUGCUGAUUCAACAGACAGGUUAGGCAUUGGGGAAGUUCAACCUUUCUUGGAUUUCAGCGAAACUGAUGCUUCACUAGAGCAGCUCCUUUGGUCAAUAGACAAUCUACAUGCUAGGGUCCGCAAGCUGAAGAGUGAAGUUGAUACAAUCAUGUCUAAAAAUGCUUCAAAGUUUUCUUCAUCGGAAAAUUUGAGCCUUCUUCCUCAUGGUGAUGUGCAGACUAGCUCCGCCCAAAGCCCUACAAUCUCUGCAGGGAAUGGAGAUACAGCGUCUGUCGGGGUUAUUUAUAAUUCAAUUCAGCAUGGAGUUGACUUUGAUAUUGGAGAUUUUGUUAUGCAUAGUGCCGUUUCAAGUUAUGGAGAAGUUCCAAUGGUUCCCGAUAUAAUUGAGAGUACUGUGGGCUUAUUGUCUGCUGCUGAUGUCACCUUUCAUUCGGCCUUGGUUGGGGACUCGUGUGAAGAUAUGGUUGACAAUGUCUUGAUACAUGAGGUAGCUGAAACAGAUGAGCACACCUUGAAAAGUGCCAGUCACCAUCCCAUGGAAAGGCUUCAGAACUGGGAGAAAUGUGAAGGGGAAGAAAAUCUGAAUCUUGUUUCUAUCCCCAUGUCAGACAUUAAUACAGCAACAAACACUACAGUGCCACUAGAUCAAUCAACCCUGAAGCCCUGUAUGUAUAGUGAUGUGCGCAUUCCCAAGAACAAAAGAAAACGUGGGGAGCGCAAAGCGUGUUCAGGUGGUUGGAGCAAGAAAUGCUCAGGAGAAUCUGCGAACCAGUGA